CAAUUUUACGAAUAAUGAAAUGAUGUCAUGAUAUUGAAAUGUGUUUUACAUAAUAAUCACUUUCAUCUUACAGCUUAUGUUCUUUAUGAAUAAAUGAAUGUUUUAUUAAUGAUUUGUUUUUAAGAAAGCAUUAUAAUAUGCUAUCUGAAGUCAAUCAUAUGUGAAGUGAAGGGCUGCAUGGAUCUCAGGGAUGAGUGGAGAACAGUUGGUUUUUUCUUUGUUUGGGUGUGUUUAUCUUUGUCUGCAGACUAAAAUGGGUGUGGUGAUGGAGUCAGAUGUACGAGGGGAACGGCCUUUGUGGGUGGAGAUUCUAAGAAGAAAGAUCGACGUCACAUAGUUUAUAAAUAUGCAUGUUACUUUUUGAGCUGGUCGUUCAUUGUUUGAGAUGACCCAGUGCACUGUAAAACUUUUUCAUAUCUGAUCAAUAAAUAGUUUAAUUUUAAUACUGUGCCUCUCCUCUAAUUAUGAACACGAAAUGGACCUUUAAAGUCCAACAAUUGGUGACCCCUGACGUUUUGUGGAGGGAAAGGAGAGAGUGAGCGGAAGGAGGGUUUCACAUUGAAGAAACCAGAGUAAGCGAGGAUUCCCUUUCAACACAAAAAGAGCGCUCUAUUAAAAUAAGGUAAGCAGAAGCCUGUUUUAUCAAAUUCUGCUAAUUGGAUAUACCAAAUUACUUGUGUUGAUAAGGAGAUCCGAACUGAAUUACAAAUUUAUAUUUUUAUAAAUUGAUCAGAGUGAAAAACUUUUUGAAAUUUUUGAUUAAAUAAAAGGUUGAGGAGUCCUUUAACGCAUUAGGCGUUAUAAAAUACCGACUCAGGUUGUAGCCUGUAGGGGGUGAAAAGGCCCGUGGAUGGAAGGUCCACAAAUACUGUUAAUGGCGGUGUAAGUUAACAGAAUUAAUUAAAAAGGUUGAGGAUUCCUUUAAUACAUUAGGUAUUAUAAAAUACCGACUCAGGUUGUAUAGCCUGUAGGGGGUGUACAGCAGCCCGUUGGAUGAGAGGUCCACGAAUACUGGAAAGAAGAAGUGACGUCUUAAUGUAAAUAGUAUUGUUGAUAUAUUGUUGUUAUUUUUGUGACAUUCCUGUGAAAGUUGUAUUGUGUUUGUAUUGCGGGUGAAACUCCUGAAAACUACUGGUGUAUAUAUCUUUCUGCUAGAAAAGAGUGACGUGUUGUGCUUUUUGAAGUUUUGAAUGCUUGUAAAUUGUGUGAAAAUGGCUAAAUUAAAAAAAAUGUGAUGAGUAUGGUUGCCUAACAGUGUAUGUGCAAUGGCAAAAAAGGCAAGUAGUUUGGAAAGGGACCAACUGUAAAAGACUCAGAAACAGAUUUGAGAAAGAGUUGAGAAUUUGGACGAGAUUAGCUCUGGUUGCUGCUGCCAUGCAGGCUAUUAAAUCAAAUAAAAAAGGCGAAGUUGACAGUGGUGCUGCUGCAAAGCAAAAGGUUGAACAAGGAAACAGUCAACCAGACUCAAGUGUGACACCUACGGCUCCUCCUCCAGCUCCACCCCCAGUGAAAUCGAUCUAUCCCUCCUUGCCCACACCUCCUCCUUAUGAGGAAGCCAAAGCCCCAAUGCAACAGCCUGUUUUUCAAAUCAAUAGCGGUCAUGUAGAUGUAGAGGUAGAUAAGAUUAAGAAUAAGCUUUUGAAACUGCAGCUAGAACAGACUAAACAGGCCAACACAAAAAAGAAACAAAUGCCCAAGCAGGCCCAACCAACACCAGUAGCUAUGACAACUAGUGUCCUGGACAACGUACAAUAUCUCAAUCAGCCCAUAGAUCCAUAUACAGGCCCACCCUAUAAAGGAAACCCGUGGGAGGGAUAUAACCAACAGAGAAGGGGAGGGCCAAGAAGGAGUAGUAGACCAAAACAGGGAGGUUUUGGAGGUUUUGUAAGGAAUACAUGUUAUGUGUGCGGACAAGAAGGUCAUUGGGCCAGAAGAUGCCCUCAAAAUGGGUCACAGCCCCAAUAUUCCAGUGUAAGGUAUCCACUUAACGCACCAAAUGCAAGGGGAUGGGGUCCCAAUAGAGGAGGUGGCGGGCGUGGAAAUGGUGGUUUUGCCAGGGGACCACCAGCGCCACACAACCCAUCACAACCAGAUUUAAUGGCGCCUAUGCACCCAACAUGGGGCCAAAGGGAGUGAUGCGGAUGAAUGACGGGGCACACAGGAACCCACCAUGAGGGGAAUGGCUGAGCCCCUCAUGGACAAAGUGGUAAACGAUACACCACUAAAAGCUCUAGUGGAUACUGGAGCUACAUACUCCACUGUAAAAAGAGGCACCAUAAAGUCAAAAGACCUGAGUAAUAAAACAGUGAGUGUGAUGGGUUUCUGGUAAAAUUGAAAAGUGACUAUAAACAAAUCACUACCCUAUAAGGUAGCAAACCAGUCUAGUUUGCACACAUUUCUGUAUUCCUCCAACACACUAGUUAAUAAUAGAAAGGGACCUAGAAAUUACAAUGACCUGUCAAUGUUGUAAUGUGCCCCCGGACGGACGGGGAACAAAUGAAUGGCUAAUUAAACUAUGGAGAGAUAGAGGCUUAUGUCUGACCCAGGACCAGAGACUUAUGUUAUUUUUUUUUUUUUUUUUUUGGGCCUUAUAAACAACAAACAAUAGAUAAUAAGGUAUGUACCAAUAUAUAAAACGGUGUCUUAGAUAAAGUUUACCAAAAAAUCCUGGCCAGCCAAACCUGAAAUUAUGUCCAUGAAGGUGUAAACAUGACUGAUCUAAUCACUGAGGGUGAGCCAUAUGACUGCAUACCAUUGACUGAAAAAAAAAAAAAAAGCAAA